AACGCAACUGGUUCCCUGUUUAACAAUCAAAUCUUGGGAAUUGAAAUGGGAGUCAACAUAGCCAACCUCUCAGAAACCAUCGACAUUAACUUCAGUAACGUGAAUAGGACUGGAUUCAGUGUUUCUUGUGCAUCAUGGGACGGGAGAAGUAAACGUGAUGGCGCAGACAACUGGAUCACAGAUGGCUGCAAAACAAAAGAGGUUGAUGACAGCGUCAUAUGCCAAUGCUCUCACCUUACUUUUUUUGCUAUUCUCAUGUCAUCACCGGAAACUAAAAUUAGCUCUUCUGACUUGAAAAUCCUGAUCCUAAUCACAAAAGCCGGCUGUGGCAUGUCCUUGUUCUUCUUGGGUGUGGCUCUCUUCAUGCAUUUUCUCAUAAGGAAAAAUAAAGCCAGCCAAGCUGUGAAGAUCCUGAUGAAUCUCUUCAUCGCCCUGUUCAUCCUGAACCUUUGCUUCUUGAUAAAUGAGUCAGUUGCUGACCUGAAGAUCUUUGCAGCAUGUGUGGCGAUAGCAGCGGCUCUGCACUACAGCAUGCUGGCCACAUUCACAUGGUUCUUCAUGCAGGCUUUGCACCUGUACCUUAAUCUGUACAAAAUCCCCACAGAUAUCAAAUAUUAUUUGUGCAAGAUUUGCAUCACCGGAUGGGUUAUUCCAGCUGUGGUGGUAGUUGGACUUCUUGCCUCCAAUAAAUAUGGUGACAUGGAGAUUUCUGACGAUAGUGGGACUUCAGUAAACAUGUGCUGGAUCCCUGAUUAUUCAUGGCACUUAGGGGUGAACACUGGUUACUAUGGCAUUGUGUUCAUCUUCACUUUAACCAUAUUCAUUGUGACUGUAGUGCAGAUCACUCAUUUUGCAUCUGAAACAAAGAAUAACAAAAUCUCCACCAAGAAAAGGGUUUUCUCUCUCCUGGGUCUUUUCAGUCUUCUGGGCAUCACCUGGGGAUUUGCUUUUUUUAGCUAUGGCCCUCUGCUCCUUCCCUCCUACUACAUCUUCACCAUCCUCAACUCCUUUCAAGGAUUCUUCCUGUUCAUUUACUACUACUUCUCCAGCAGGAUCAAUCCAGAGGACAAAAAUCAACUCGAGAGCAGCAGCCAUACCACAGAGAAUGUGUAUAUCACAAAUCCUUAUACAUAAGGACACAUUUCCAACCCUGUACCAGCAGUGGAAAGGAAAACUAUCCUGGUUCUUGGUAGGUUCCAGUGCCUUUUGAGCCACCAUUAUUUAUUAAACGAGAUGCUGAGAUUGUUUGGACACUAGGAGUCAGCAUUUCACUGUUGCAAAAUUGUUCUCUUUAUUCCUCACUCAAGCAACAUAAAAAAAGGCUUGUGUCCAUAGCUGCUCCUGAGCUGAAAUCUGGUUUAUCUUCCCUCAGAUGAGGAGAUGCGGCACUCUCCUGCAAGUCAUUAGUGGAGAUGACUCCAUGUUUCAUUCAAAGCCUUGUCUUACCAUCUGCAUGAAUGGAACUUUGGAACGCAAAGUGAGAAUGAUUACAAAGAUAAAUAUGACCCCUUUACAACUAGUGAGCUUGUCAAAGGAGAGGA